UUUUAGCUAUAGGAAAAUCAAUCGCGAAAAUAACAACCGCGGUAAUUUAGGAUUCUAUACUUGUAUAUGCGUGAACUCGCCAGCCUUGAACUUCUUUUUCUCCAUGUACUGAUAAGCUAUAUAUUAUAAUAAGUUCAUUAUGAUACUUAAACAUACGUAGUAUUCAUAUACAUACUUAAAAUAAUUGUUAAGUUGAGAUGAUCAGAUCAGUGAUAUAAUGUAUGAUAUAGUUGUACUUGGUGCUGGAGUGGUCGGUUUAUCAACGGCAGUAAGAAUUCAGGAUGUGUUACCUGAUAGAAAAGUGACAUUAAUCGCCGACAAGUUCACUAAAGAUACAACGAGCGACGGAGCGGCAGGAAUAUUCCGACCGUCUGUGGAGAAAACACCGGUGAAAUGUUUACAACAAUACAGGACAUGGUGUCAGGAUUCAUUUAAAUGGUAUCACACAUUGAAUGUAGAGGAUGAUCCCAGUGAAACAGGCGUUAUACGUCUAUCAGGCUACCAUUUUGCAAACAAAGGCUCAAAUCCCCCAAGAUUUCACUACGGUAUCACUGAAUUGACAGAAAAAGAGCUUGCCGAUCUGCCUGGAAAUUUUAGUUUUGGGUGGAAAUAUACAAGUUUGAUGAUUGAAUGCAGAAGAUACUUGCCUUGGUUAACAAAAAGGUUUGUUUCGAGAGGUGGUCGCAUAGAAAAGAGGAAAGUCAACGAGAUACUUGAAUUUGCAGGAAAAUGUUCUCUGCUUGUGAACUGUACCGGUUUUGGCUCGUCGACUCUCUUGAAUGAUAAAAAAGUGUUUCCUGUAAGAGGACAUUUGAUCAGGGUUGCAGCACCAUGGGUCAAGCAUUUUUAUGUUUGGGAUGAUGCUUCCAGUUACAUUUACCCAGGACAGGACAAUGUUGUACUAGGGGGCACGCGCCAAAAAGACCAGUAUGAAACAUCUGGCGGUUGGGAAUGGUUUGAUGACGUAAAAUCAAGAUGUGUUAAUCUUCUUCCCGGGCUCAAAAAUUCUGAGGUUAUAAACAAAUGGGUUGGACUGAGACCACACAGGGCAUUUAUUAGGUUGGAAGUAGAAGAUCUAUCAUGCAAUGGAAAACAGUUAAAGGUUGUGCAUAAUUACGGACACGGUGCUAACGGGGUGGCACUGAGUUGGGGCACUGCCAUUGAAGCUACCGAAAUAGUCAAAACCAUACUUAGCCAGGAAUCAUCCAGGUUCAAGUCAAAGUUAUGAUGAUUUUUGUGUUAGUUAUAAAUUAUAAGAUAUUUUAGUUAAUGUGUAGGUUUUAGUUAAGCAAUCCUAUUUUAUUGUCCGUUUUAUACAAAACAGUACACAAAUAAUACAGAGAAGGAUACGGUUAUUUAAACAUGUAUAAUAUGUAUAUGACCUAUUAAAGGGUGUAAAGAUAUAUCUAUUGGAAAAGAGUUUUUGACAGUAAAAAUGCAUGCGCCCCUCUUAAUGAAAGAUACAAACAACUUUUUUUCAUAUGGGUAUUUUGAAAUUAUUUCUUUUCAAAAUUCAAUUAACAAUUUUGGCAACAGACAUAAAGUUUUAUACACUGUAAAUCUAAAAUGUCGUUAUCAUUAUUUUUCAAAACAUUAUUUAUGUACAUUGUUACAGUUUCAAAAUAAAUCCAUUGGUCAUACUGCUGAAUCAGCUUUUUCGUUUUUACAAUAAGUACAGUUUUAGUUAUUAAGUAAUUUGUAUGGAAGUCAAAAUGCUUAAAUGUUCCUUUUGUCUCCUUUAUCACAAAUUAUUUGACACUGAGCGCUGUUUUCUUUAGGCGAAUAGCUCGAACCUUUCAAUCUGAUCUCCUCGCAAUAGUCUCAUAUACGAUGUUUACGGAAAGACCCGAUGGUUUACGAUUUAAGUUUGUUAUUACACUACUAUAUUUCUACAGAAGUAAAUUUCUAUAUUCUGAGGCGUAAUUUACAUGUUUACCUUAGUAUUUAUAUAUAUGUUAUGAAUAAAAAGAAAUAAUAUUA